AUGUUUACCUACAAAAGUGAAACUACCUUCAAAAUACUCUUAGGUGCUGCCUAUUGUCAGCUUAUGGACAUGCUUUUCCCUGGGACGCUGAACUUCAAGAAGAUCAAAUUUAAUACGAAUCUGGAGCACGAGUACAUAGCAAAUUUUAAAGUUCUCCAAGCACUUUUCAAAAAACAUGGUGUCGACAAGGGUGUCCCUAUCGAGAGGUUAGUGAAGGGUCGAUUCCAGGACAAUUUCGAGUUCGUCCAGUGGUUCAAGAGGUUUUACGAUGCAAACUAUCAAGGUCAGGAAUAUGAUGCUGUGGCCGCUAGAGAUGGACUUGUGGUUGGAGCUGGAUCUGGAAAGGCUCUUAACAAGUCUCCUGGCGAUAAAGCACCCACCGCCGCUCGGGCAGCAGCUCCGGCGGCUCAUACGGGCGUCCGUUCUCCAGCAGGGAGCCAAUCGGCCGGCGAUUCCUCGCAAAUCAACGCCCUUCGUACUGAGUUGGAUGCCUUAAACAUCCAAGUAAGACCUUACUGA